AUGCACUACGUUCGUUUCCUCAAGACUCCCAAGGUCCACGUCGAAAACGGUGCCGUCACCCUAACCGCCGUCAUCACCCUCACCACCGAUCUGGGCGAGACCUUCUACCCACACGACCUACAGCUUGCAGCUACCCUGCGUCAGCCAGACCAAGAUGGUGACAUCUUCCUCCGCCGAACCCUACAAUGGCGACAAGACAUGCGUUCGCUCAACAUCACCCUCGACCUGACCCGCACCGAGAUUGACUGGCCUGCUCAACUUCAUGUCCACACAAAAGAGAACAAGACUGCCAUGUACGACUGCUUCGAGGACCACGCUUCUCGCGGUCAUCUCCCAGGCAUUGUCUCUGUCUGGAGCGAGUCUCUAAACCCUACCAAGGGCUCCUUUGAGACACACAGACGAGUCGAGCGUCGCUUCACUCCUCUAACAGGACGUACCUUGAACAUCUUCGAGGAUACUGGCGAGAGUAUUGCCCGCCAUCUGUGGGACGGCAGCUUGUCUCUGACUGCCUACCUCGACCGUGUCGUUGCCCUUCGAUCCGUCCAUGAAGCCCCCUUACUCGAAAGCGUCUUGUCUUCUGCCACAUACAGGAAACUAAACGUACUAGAGUUGGGUUGCGGCUGCGGUGUCGUUGGCAUUGGUCUUGCACAGACUGUACCCGACUGCGAUGUCCUCCUUACCGACUUGCCUGAGGUUGACGAGCUGGUCGAGCGCAACAUCGAGGCCGCUAACCCUGCCAUGUCGUCCAAGGUCGACUUUGCUGCUCUCGAUUGGGAAGCUCCCUUGCCGGCAAAGGUUGCUUCCCGUACCUUCGACCUAAUUCUCGUUGCCGAAUGUAUCUACAACAGUGACAGCAUUCCUCCCUUGGUCGACACGCUUGAGCGCCUCAUCCAACGUUCACCAAAGGCUGUCGUCCUCCUUUCAACGAAAGUCCGUCACGAAAGUGAAGCAAUGUUCUGGGACCUGUUCCACUCCAAAGGCUUCCAGAAGAAAUCACAGACCUCGCUGCCCGUUCCUGGUGAACCGGGCUACGGCUAUGGAGACUCUGCAACCGCUGUCGAUGUUUACAUCUAUCAAGGUCCAAACCCUCGCAGCAGUCACUCGCCUCCUGGAUCGAAAUCAAUCAGUCCUGCUUAA